GUUUCUGCCGAAGUUUAACGGGAUUCGAUUGAUUCCUAGACCCACGUCAUCAUCACUGGCGACAGAUGCGUGCCUCUCCGGUUGCGGCGGUGUCUCCGGAUGCAGACUUUCAGUGGAAACUUUUGGAGGAGGACACUAGGACAACUCAGGCAUCAGUUUUCGCGGUCGGCACAUCUCGUAAUCAUCAGACUCAUAUUUCCACUUACCUUAAUUUCUGCAACUACUUUGGCAUAGUUCCUAUGCCUGCCAAUCCACACAACCUGGCGUGCUACGCCCAGUUCCUGUCACGUUCUCUGCGGUCCUCGGACUCUAUAGCACAUUACCUAUCGAGCGUGAAGCUCUUCCAUCACCUGAACGGGUUCACCACAUUUAGUUUGGAUCACUUCGAAAUUGCGCACACGAUGAAAGGACUUAAGAAACGAUUGCAGCAUCGUCCUCGUCAGCAUGGUAGGGUGGACAUUCCAUUACUAGUCGAUCUCGCGGGCUGUUUCAAUCCCCAGGUGCCACGGGACGCAGCCAUUUGGGCAGCCAUCGUGUUCAGUUUCUUCACAUUCUUUCGUCGUUCAAAUGUAGUGUUGGAUUCUAAGACGCAGUUUGACCCGAAGAAGCACUUGAAGAGGCGGGAUAUUCUCGUAUCACCGGCUGGGUUGCUCAUCUACGUCACGUGGACUAAGACUCUACAGAGUCGCGAACGGGUUCUCUCAGUUCCACUAUUGCCGAUACCGGGUUCGCCGAUUUGCCCGGUUGCCGCCUACACGCACAUGUGUGACUUAAUCCCAACAGAGCCAGAUCAGCCCGCGUUCGUGGUACCUACGAGGGGUCGUAAGCUGAGACCAUUAACCACAUCGAUGUUGGAGAAGGCGUUCGCGCGAGCAGCAGCUUCCAUUGGAAUACCCGCAGGUUCCCUGACUCUACACGAUCUACGCAGAGGAGGGUACACGCUGGCCUUCCAGGCUGGCGUGCCGCGUGAACUACGACAGCUGCAUGGAGACUGGCGGUCGGACGCGGACCAUGUGUACCUGUCGACCACGGUGGCUGAUCGUCUGAGGGUACCGGCGGCUCUGAGAGACUACGUCCUGAGACACAGCAUCGCGUGAACACUAUUGACACAGACUGAGAGCACGGACUUUGUUUUGUGAAUGGACUUAGUUGGACAGUAAGCUUAGAAGUUUUGUAUAAGAAACCAACAAGUUGUAAAGAUGUCAAUAGUUUAAUAGCAGUCCACAUGCCAUAGUGGGACUCAGUUCAUCUGUCAGGACAUCACACAAUUUAUUCUAAUCCGCUACUGUUGUAGGUAUAUAGGACAUUUGUUCAGCCAGUUGUGUUUACCUUAGUUAGGGUACAUCAAGUUAUGAGUGUUUUACUCAGGUUAUCAGGUUUCCUUUCCGGACAAGCCCGGCAGCACAUCUCAGGAGAGAUAAACUACGAUAAUGAGACGAGAUAGAAGUUUAGCUAUUAUACUUAAUGUUUCACUGGAUUUGUUGGCUAGGUCUCAAGCUCAGCCUUAUCAGGUUUUCUUGUUGAAGUUAGUUAGGGCCCUCUUACACGUGUACUUCCGAGUGUAUUAACUAGUCAGUUAUACAACUUCAACUUCGGCACGUUAUUCUUGUUCAGACAGACAUCUCACGAAAGAUCCGUUAUGACAAUGUGGAGUAAUGAACCGUUCAAUGUUUCUGAUAUAUAAUUCCGCACAGUUGUGUACUUUGUUCUGCAGACAGUUUGCUAUUUUCAAGGCCCAGGGGCCUGGAGGGCGGACACUCUCUCCUUUCACAUAACAGCACACUUUCCUUGGCCGUGUCUGCGACACCUUGGCAUUCUCAGAGUUUCUUUGAAGUGAUUAAAACUCUGAACUUCGGCCAAACGAAAGUCUCUGUCUCUUCCCUGGUGUAAUCGGUUGCGGAUUGCGCCACCCGGCGGAAUUCGUCGGGAUUGCACCUCCGGGAGGGAGUGUCCGCCCAACAGGUCCCAGCAUGCUUCAUUCUUACGUUCGGGUUACUUGCUUGGCAGCACGCAAAAUAAGAGAGCCAAGAAUUCUGCAUUCCCACCCACCACUCCCUGGCUGCCAGGCAUGUAGCCUUUUGCGUGGGAAGGGGGCAUACCGUAGGGCAUUCUCAGAGUUUCUUUGAAGUGAUUAAAACUCUGAACUUCGGCCAAACGAAAGUCUCUGUCUCUUCCCUGGUGUA